UCAAGCCAUGCCCAACUCAGUUAAUAUUUUAUGGAAGACUUCCUACAUCACUGGAAGUUCAAGGCACUGGCAAGGGUAUGCAUGUUUUUCGUCCGAUAUUACUAUUUUGGUCUGAUAGAUUUCGACGCAUAUGUAAUGGCUCUCUCUUUAAGAAUACGAAGUGUCUUCAAGUCUUUUCUUCUUUAGGGUUCAUUCGUUUUCCUCAUCACAUUCUCUUGUCUUUCUUGUCUAAUCAACACAGUCAAUUGAGCUUCUAGCAUUUUUUGGACUGCAAGUGCCUUCUUCUUUCCUUUGUUAGCUCGACCAUUCGUCGAAGCAUAAGCAUAAUUGAAAAUGAUUCAGUUUCCUGCCAGAGCAGCUCAGGGUGAUAGCGACGACCGUGGAGAAUUCGAAUUUCUCCCUCCACCAUCACCUACAGGAGCACGAUGGGGCGAGUUGCAUAACAAUGAAUCUGUCACAUCUUUAGAUACCAUUCGAUACAGCCGAAACUCAACAGCGCGAUCAUCAUCAAAUUUAAAUUUAAUCAAUAAUCAAAGCUCAGCAGCUCUCCUAGGUCAGAUUCAAACGCCUGGCACAUCAACACCUGGUCCUUCAACACCUAGUCUACCAUAUGGCCGAUCAUUAAGUGCCUUUCAUAGCCGCUCUUUCUCCGAUACUUCAUCAUACGACGGAGCAACAGCAUGCCCAUCACCGGGUUUACGAGAGGAUGAAAGCAUCAGUUAUGAAGAAUUCAAAAAGGAAGAUCCAGGGAAUGCUCGAAAAGCCCGACAUUUCAAUACCUUUAACAAGCAGUUUGAUACCUCUGUAUAUCAAAUCGAAACAUUACACAAGCAUGACGACGAAAUUUUCCUCCCUCCUUGGAAACGAAACAUGUAUCGAUUAUCUCCGUUGUUCACAUUUCUAGCCUGCGGUUCCUACUUCCUCUACUACGCAUACCGUAUAUUGUGUAUAAUAGAUGUUCAAAGGGCGUACGACAAAGUGUAUAUCAUGGCAUGGCUAUUUAUUGCAGCAGAAGGUUGCGUUGCUUGUAAGUAUUUGCCAUUCACUAUGUUCCCAUGCCCAAGCGUUUGGCGUCGGGAAAUUCCCAGCGUUCAUUUAUUUUGACGUGAAACCUCCCGUUUUAUCACAACCCCGGCCACCUGCCAAGAAAGCCACAAACUGACAUCGAAAAGGUCCCGCUCUUCUCCACCAACUGUACCAAAUGUUAUCGAUUCGCGGUCGUUCACGUCCCAAACUUCGUCUUCGUGGUAAUGAGGUUCCUACUGUUGAUGUUUUUAUUACAUGCUGUGGUGAAGAUGUAGACGUCGUACUUGAUACCACUCGAGCUGCAGCUGCUGUUGAUGUACGUCACCCACAAAUAUCACGAAUGUAAAUUACUAAUCAUAAAUUCAGUAUCCUCAAGACCGUUUUCGUGUUGUCGUUCUCGAUGAUGGGAAAGAUGCCGAUUUGGAAAAAGCUAUCAACAAUCUUGCGCUCGAAUAUCCAAAUGUUUAUUACCAUGCCCGUAUCAAGAUCAAGGGCGUUCCUCAUCAUUUCAAAGCGGGAAAUCUCGCCGGUGGUACUAACUUCGUGAUUGAUUUGGAAGGAGGUGAAGCAGAGUUUAUUGCUCCCUUGGACGCGGAUAUGAUUCCGGAGUCAGAUUGGUUGAGAGCUAUUAUUGCUCACAUGGUUAUUGAUGAUAAGAUGGCUCUUGUUUGCCCACCACAGGUAUGUGUAUUCUUGAAUAACCAGAAAGUCAAGGACUAACAGUAUACCCAGCUUUUCUACAACGUUCCUGAAAAUGAUCCUCUGUGUCAAUCUCUAGAUGCUUUCGUCCAUGUAAUGGAACCUACCAAAGAUGCCAAUGGAGUAGCAUGGUGUACUGGUUCCGGGUAUGCCAUCCGCCGCGCAGCUCUCGAUGAUAUUGGAGGCUGGCCCGUCGGUUCCCUCGCAGAAGAUACCUUUACCUCUUCCUUACUUCUCGGUGGCGGCUGGAGAACCGCCUUUUGUCACGAAGCCCUACAAUUUGGUACUGUCCCAGACACCAUCACCGGACAUCUGAAACAACGUACACGUUGGACACUCGGAACAUUACAAACAGCACUCAAAUUGAAAUUUUGUCUCUUCGGAAAACUAGUAAAAGGCAUGGGAUUCUUCGCUCGUCUCUCAGCAUUCGUCUUCGCAAUCGACGCCUUUUUCAAAAUCUUCCUCGUCAUUGCUCUCCUCACCAUCCCCAUCGUCCUCGUCUCCGGCGGUCAACUCGUAGCCUACAACACCGAAACCCAACUCAAAUGGCAAGUCCGCCUCUGUUUCAUCCAACUAGUCUUAACUCGUCUCAACGAAUGGAUCACCUACAUCCCCUCUGGCUACCGUCUCGCGCAACGCGACGCAGGAGCCCAAAUGUGGAUGGCUCCCUUCCACGCCAAAACAAUCAUCAUGUCAUUCUUGCUACCCUCCUGGCUCGGCGGCCGUGCAAUGGCCUUCUCCAGCUCUGGAAGUCAAAAAUCCGACAUCAACGAACGGGAUCCCCUCACCCGCGCAGGUCUCUUCAGAAGACUCUGGACCAUCCUCUGGAACUGUCAAUGCUACAUGCAUCUUUUGUAUAUCCUCUUCGUCAUCGCCGCCGUAACCUACUCCAGCAUUCUCGGCCUCGUCAUCAACUCUGAAACAAACAAUACUCUAAAGAAAAAACUCAUCUUUCUACUUACUCAUGCGUUCUGGCCUCCCAUGCUGUGGCUGAUGUGUAUAACGGCUUGUUUUGAACCGAUUCGCUAUGCGAUUUGGCCCCCGUCUAUGCCUGAGAGAGAGGAACUACUAGAUAGAGAUCAGAAGACUCAGAUUGCGCGUCCGAAGGAAGAGUGGAAGAAGGCGAGAUAUGCGAAGACGAGCUUUUUUCAUGAGUUUCAGUAUACGCUCCUAACCGGGUUUACGUGCAUGGUUUUUGUAGGUGCGUUUUUUAUUGAGAUUUGAGAGGGGGAAAGGGGGAGUAGAGUGAGGUGGUACAUGUAAGGAGAGAGUGAGAUGCGAUGCGGAAUUUUGGAGUUUGUGUUUUUUGGUUUUGGUUUUGGUUUUUGGAUGUU